AGAGGCCGCUAUUACUUAUCACGCCGUCGAUUUCUGCAUUUCGUCAUUUGUUGUCGAUGCUGUUCGGUGUGGUUGAAACAAGAUUAAAUAGAAUUUUGAAAGUUUCAUGCUUUUUCUCCAGUAUGGCUGCUGCUAGUGAUUGGAAAAAUGCAAAGUCAAUUUAUGAAUUCAAUGCACUGGACAUAGAUGGAAAUGAUGUUUCAAUGGAAAAAUACAGAGGUCAUGUUGUUUUGAUUGUUAAUGUUGCGUCCAAGUGAGGAAUGACAGCCAAAAAUUAUACGCAACUACAACAGCUGCAUGAGAAAUACAGUGAAUCUCAUGGGUUGCGAAUUUUGGGCUUUCCUUGCAAUCAGUUUGGACAUCAGGAACCUGGUGAUGAAGCUGCCAUUAAAGAGUUUGUAAAAGGUUACAAUGUUCAGUUUGAUAUGUUCAGUAAAAUCAAUGUUAAUGGUGAUAAUGCUCAUCCCCUCUGGAAAUAUUUAAAAUCAAAGCAGGGUGGUACUCUUGGCAGUUUUAUUAAAUGGAAUUUCACUAAGUUUCUUGUCGAUAAAGACGGGCAACCAGUUGCUCGUUAUGCACCAAACCACGAACCUCUGGCCAUUGAACCAGAUCUUCAGAAAUAUUUUUAAUCAGGACUAAUGCAUUUGAUUUAAAUCUCAUUGUGUAGAAAUAUGAUGGUUGACCAGAAAACCAUUACUUAUGGAUAGGUGAACUGGAU